GAUAGUGCCAUCAAUAGAAAACCAUUCCCAGUUUAGGGUCACACUUUAUUCUGCACGUGUGUCAAACCGCCAAUAACAUUAUUAUUAUUGUUUUUACGGAAAAAUGACCCAGGCGGAUAUUGUAAAACGCCUCCGGGAGGAUUACGAGAGGCUACACAGUGGGGAAAAAAAGUCAAAGGCUAAAGAGGACCUGCUGUCAAUUACCAAGAACUUUCACCAGCGCGUUCUAGAUCUGUUGACCACCCACAAAGUCCCCUAUGCUAAAAAAGAAGACGAGGAGACGUACGAGGAUUACUUGCUUUCGGACGACGAGGGAGCAACAAACAAAAAGAAAAAGAAGUUGAAACUUCCAACAAAGAAGACGGACGAAGCCGAUGACGGAGAUGUGGACGAGCGAAUCGCUUCCAUCAAAAACAAGCUGCGCCAAAAGAAGAAACCAACCACUGAAAAGCAACAAAAACGUCGCGAGGCCAAAAAACUGAAGCGCAGCAAAGGAGUUCAGAAGCUGCUACUCUCCUCGGCGAAAAAUCUUAAAAACGAGACCGUCAAGCACCAGAAACUGAAGAAUGGAGUGAUUAAGAGCGAGCAGGAUGUGGACCCGGAAGACAGCAAGGAUGACAUCAAGUCAGUAAAGGUGCAGCCUGUUUACAAUCAGGACGCCAAAAUCGUCUACUCCAAAGUAGACUUUGCGGCGAAUCCCGGUGGAAAGACGAAGAAAUCCCAUCAGAAUCCCAAGGAGAUACUCAAAAAGUUGCGCGACACCAAGAAGCAACUUACCGAGCUGCGGGAACAGGGUGAUACCGAAAAGGCUGCCGAAAUGCAGAAUGAUAUCGCCUGGCGCAAGGCCUUUGACAAAGUGGAGGGUAAGAAGGUAAAGGAUGACACCAAGCUGCUGCAAAAGGCCAUAAAAAAGAAGAGCAAGGAGAAGAAGAAGGCCAAGACCAAGUGGACGGAACGAAAACAGAAGGUGGAGCACGACAUAGCCAAGCGGCAGAAGAAGCGCCAAGAGAACCUCGACAAGCGCAGCAAGGAUAAGAAAAAGAAGAAGCUGAAGACGGCUGCAAAGAAGGGACGAAUAAUACCUGGAUACUAAAUAAUAUAAGAUCAAGAUUUAUACAAUCUUAGCAAAAAAAAAAUACUAUAUUUUAAAAAAUUUAAUUUUAUUUGAUUUUGAAAAAUAUUUUUUUUAAUGUACUGUUGGAAAAGGCCAGGAAAACGAACCUCGACUUGAUCCGAUUAUAAUCAAUGCCAAUAAUUAUAAUUAUAGGCAUUGGGCAUAUUUAAAAAUGACCCCUUGGAAAUCCACUCAGAUUUUCUUAAAAAAAAAAAAAAAGAGUAAUCUUUGGGAAUUCUACUACUUUUUUUGUUUCUUUCGCCUACGCCUAAAUUCAUAAUUCCGGCCCCGUAGCAAUCCAAAAUUAGUUUACAGACCAAAAUUUCAAGUACCAUUAGCUUCUUCCGCCCGCGUUUGGCAACGCGUUUUUUUGCCUGCGGGAUUUCAUUGUCUGUCCACUGUGCGUUUUCGUCCAACGAAGAAUAAGAAGAAGAGCAGCGCUGCAAACAGCUGAUGUCGAUAGCGAUUGUUGCACAAACUAUCGUUUUUGUAUCAUCCUGGGUGGAAUUUUUCCAGAUUUUCCGCAGACAUUCGAGGGCAUUAUCUUAAAAAAUCGGUGGAUUUAAAAAUAAUAACAUCAAGUGUUUAUAAUAGUGGGAAGAAGAAGCACAGCGACAACGAGAGAAGAGCAGAAGCAGCGAGAAACACACGCACGCACACAGCCAAACACACAAAUUACGUGCAGAGCGCAAUCUGUUCCCCCAUUUCCAACGAAAAUAAGCAAACGAUAGUCGGAAAAGCAGCACACAAUUACGGCGCAUUUCGUACGGCAAUAAGGAAAAGCCAAAGAAAUCUUCUCCAGAAGAUCCGGCCGCAACAACAUCAACAAUUCGUCGAAUCUGCACCAGCAGAGGAAGAGCACGAAGAAGAAGCACCCAAGCGGCCAGCUGAGCAGUGUAGAAGCAUAAGGGGGAAGGGAAACGGAGCAUAAAGGUAGCAGAAGGAGCA